AAGGUGAAUAGAUAGGCACAACUAGUAUAUAUUGUCUUGCUCCAGUAUGAACAAACUUCGCUUUUCUAUGUUUGAUAUUUAACUCAAAUGAUUUAUGUAGCUUAUGAAUUAAUCAAACUUCCCUUGCGCACAUCAGUUUUAUGGUUUGUUUUGAAAACGUUGCCCUGGACCCUCCACUUUGGGAACACAAGAAACAACUUAAUAGUUGAAGUAAUAUUUUUGUUCUUUGUGGGUCAAAUUGCAAUUUGGAAUAACUGUGAUCCCAUUCAUUAUCUGCUAUAUCCGUUUGGCUAUUAUCAUUUAAGAAGCAAAGACCUGUAUUGUUUCUGGAAGUUUCUAUAUAGAAUUUGGUUUGGUUUUGCUUUUGUUCAUGCAAAAAUUUCCACCAUUUUAUACACAAUAAUGAUUUGAUCUUAACUCUACUAUCAAUGUUUUCAUGGCAAAUAGAAAGCAUUUGUCUCUCCAUCGCUAAGUCCUACUUUCGCAAACUACUAGGAAAGGUUCAUCUGUGCUCCGCGAUGCAUUCAAAAUUUAUCUCUGGCUGAGGUUGCAUUGUGAAUUUAGGAGCCAAACACUACAAAACAGAAGUUGACCUAUAGACAUGCUCUCUUGAACUGUUUUCUAUGUCAACCCAAGGAUGUACGGCAUGUGGGAAAACCUACUGGACCAGUUGUGGAACCCGGUAGCCUGAUGGCAGUAUAUUUUAUUUUACUUUGGGGUCCCACGGCGUGUGCGUGUUUUGCUCUGUUUGGGCUCCAUAGAGCCGGUCUGGCAACGCCAUGCGCUGGCCAUGCUGACGCUGUGCAACCUGUCCCUCCCUCUCCUCUCCCUCCGGCUCCCUCCGGCUCCCUCCGGUCGUUACAUGUUAUGCAAUGAGCAGGUUUUCGCUUCCCAGUCGGGAGUCGGGUCGGAGUGUGACGUCAUGCGGCGCGUGGCCCGUGGCGCUUGGCUUUUGCUGGGCCCCUGCACUUCUGGAAUCUAAUUGCACCCCCCCUCCUGGUUCCCGCCUGGCACCCCGUCCCCCCGUCCCGUCCCCGGCCCAGCCCGGCCCUGAUAUCUAAGCCUGAGCCUGUCUAGUGCCGACGGGUGGGGCGGUAGGCGAUGGGCCCUGCAAUGACCGUUCGACUCGGAGAGGCGGUGGCCGUUCCCUUCCCAGCCAAUCAUAAUGCCCUGCCUGCCCCGCCCCGCCAGUGGAUCGAGUGAUCGAGUGUGCCAACGGGCCAAUGUUUAUUGAACAGCCCGCCUAAGUGCGGGCAGGCAGCCAGCCAGGCAGCCAGCCCUCGGCAGUCGGCCGCCGGGCUGGGGGAACGACCAGGACCGACUCGCCAAAUUCAAACCGGUCAAAGGGGUGCUAAAACCUUGAAUGCGGAGCGACGAGAAUGGCAGCGUAGUUUUCUCGGCCCGCCGCGCUGCCGCGCAACCACACUCAGGGAAUCGGAAUCGGAAUGGAUGGAACAUAGAACUAGUGAUCACGGCGAUACGAGUGGCAGCGGAGCGCGGAGUGGACGACGCAGCGUUUGCGCGUUUCUGUAUUUUGACUUCCCUUAUCGCACCCGCCGCGCUGGCUGCUGGCUGGCCGUGCAUGCCCGUUCCUAACAGAGUGUCUUCGCUCUUUCUCUCUCGCACUCGCGGGGCAUGCCGAAGCGGAAUCGCCGAUAAGCCCCGAGCUUAGCGUCGGAAUCACUGUUCGAUUUGUCAUUCGUCGCAGCACUGCGGCACGCGGCACGCUCUGGGGCUCAGUGAGGGGGCACAAAGCUAGACGAAGCUGACGAAGCUAGACGAAGCUAGACGAAGCUAGACGAGGCGUGCUGUGCCGACGGCCGCUCGCUCCCACACACGCGCCAUAUUCAAGGCGUGCGAGCCAAGCGAGGGUCGAGCCGUACCUUUUGCCUACCUUCCAGGGGCCAUGCCGUACUUUCUGCCCUCAGGUUGCCUGCCGUUCAAGUGGCCAGAGGUGCGUCAGUCUCCUCCUCCCCCUCCCCCCCCUCAAAUCUACGUCGUGGGCCCCACAGGCCCCACUCGUCACUCGACAAGAUUGAGCCGCACUUGGGCUCGAGUGCCUGGCUGGCCUGGCCCAACACGUCUCCUUCUCCUUGGGCCCGGUGUUGCCAUGAGCAUCCGGAGGAGCGUGUUGAAAUGGAGGCUGUUCUGAGUCUUCUGUAUUUUUCCCAGACUGGCCCUACUAUCACUUCUCUUUCCCACUUCCUCUGCGUUGCAUCUUGUGUGACAAGACCUGGUGCCUUCCAGCCAUCCCAUGAGCUCAUGCUCAGGUUUUACGCUUACUUUAAGCAAGCAUCAGAGGGUCCGUGCAAAGGGCCCAGGCCUUCAUUUUGGGAGGUGGUGAAGAAGGUCAAGUACGAUGCAUGGGCUAAAUUGGGUAACAUGCCUGCUGAGGAGGCCAUGAAGAACUACGUGGAUGAAUUAAGACAGAUUGUAGAAACCAUGUCAUAUACAGAUAAUGUAGCAAAGUUCAUGGGAAGUCUGGAUUCUGUGUAUGAAGCUAUACCGGCAUCAGACUUGGAAUUGCUGCUUGGUCCCACACUUGAAAGAAUGCGUUCAAUGCCAGGGUCUCCACUUAGCAAUUCACCUCUUGGAUCAAGGGAAACUUCUCCAACCAGAACAGGAAAAUCUGCUCCAAUUUCUUCAAGUCUAGGAUCCAGUCCUGCCAGUAGUGAAUCAGCAAGCCCUGACACCCAUCCAUGCUCAAGUGAUGAAGGGGAUGAUGACGAAGAUGAAGAUGUCUUCAUUGACACUGUAGAAAUCAAUGAGUACAUCAGUGAGAAACACAUUGCUCCAUCCUCUGCACGAAACUAUUCACAAAUGAAUGGUUUACAUCACAAAAUGAAUGGAGAUGUUUUACAUAAUGGGCCAGAUUCUGACAUGCAUGACAGAAGUAGACCUAGAGACAGGGGAAGUCCAUCAGCACGGCGAAAAAAUCCUUCCCAGGCCCAUGACAGCCAUGACAUCUCUGAACAGAUGAGAGAUGUUGUUCUACAUCUGCAGAAGGACUUAGAUCGCAUCACUGCAAGAGUUCGAUCCUUAGAAGUUGCAUCACUUUCUCGUGUUCCUGCAUCACUUGAAGCACAUCAGUCUUUCUUUGACCCACUGAUUGAGUCAUGUGCUUCUUGUGAAGACAUUCGACGUCAUGCAGAAGCUCUCUCCAGGUCUCGUGUGUCUCGCCAGCCUAAAUGGUGGCCUUUCCGAGACCUUUCACCCAGAGCUGUGUUCUUCAUCACCGCCUGGCCGAUUCUAGUGCACUUCUUCAUGCUGUGGUUACAGCGACGAAGAGCUGCUCUCAACAUUAAACGUCCUCUGUGAUAAAGUGACUUGCUCCUUGCAGUGCACUUCUUAAUUAUGAUAAUAAGGUUGCUUUUCCCUGAAACAUCAUAUCCAUGUUCACUUACCAUCACUUUGAUAUUAUUGUGUCGUGAUUCAUCAGAAUCCCAAUUUUUAUUGCUCUCUGAUGUUCAGUUAACAUUUCUUGUUUCAUAGCUUUUUAGGGCAAAGAAGGUACAACUGAUUUUAAAUUUGGACUUGUUGAUCAAACUUAAUCUUUGCAUUCCUCUUGAGUGUGUGUGUGUUGUAUGAAGUCAUGGUACUAUGUUGCAUUUUAUAUUUUAAUUUUAAAAGGCUGUUCUUUGAUAUCUGUUGCAAAGAAUGGUAGAGUUUUGAUCAAUCAAUGAUGUACCCCAUUUUUUUGUCUUUUCUUCUCUCUUUUGUGUCCACUCUCCUCAUUUUUGUAUCCACUCUCUCAAUCAACACGUGUCAUGAGAUUUCGACUGAAAAAUUUCAUGGAUAUUGAUGUUUAUGAAGGCCUUAGUAAUAAGAGCUGUAUAUUUGUUUCCAGCAAGUGAAUUCUGUGACUGCCUCCAGUGUCCAGAUUCCAGAUUUGCAGUUAUUGAUAAUUCUAUGUGAUCUUUCCAAUCAUCACCAAAUACCCUAGAAUUUUAUUAGAUGGAGGAUCUUGUUUACAUGAUUUAAAGCGAAUCCUUGCUUGAAGAUACGAUUCAUGUUAGUCAAAUGCGGCCAGUUAGUAUGAAAGGUAGUUGUCAGUGUGAACAGGAGUAACUUGUAAGUAGGGGGCGGGCGCGGGUCCCCAAAGAUUGUGUCCAAAAGUUAAAAACAAUCUAAUUGAGCUGAGUGAUCUUUGAAAUGCAGUAAAGUUUGUGCACAGGGUUCUUUGUAUCCUAGAUAUUUUUCAUAUACUGUGUACAAAGUGCCAAAAGAUUAAUGAGUAAGCUUCCAAUAUCUCAGGCUUUUACCCAUGUACAAAUAAAGCGGUUUCAUAGGAAGGUGGGUGACCUGAGCCAUGUGGUUUUAUUGCUUUCAAGCAGCAACUAGGUGAUACGGACUGUGGUAAAACUUAAAGAAAGAAACAAAUGUUCUAUUAAUGGUUGAGGAUAUUCUUAGUUUGUGUGUUUUCUUAUGAAUAUAUAUAUUUGUAUUUUA